GGCCCAAUUAGUUUUAUUGCCAUUAUUCUCAAAAUAAAAAAACAAAAAAUUAUUGCCAUUUCGCAUCACAAUAAAUAUUCCACUACAUAUAUAAAGUCCAGCUCUACCGCGGUAGCUCAUAUUGUUUCACUCUUCCAUUUCGAUUCGAGCUUCGUGAGAAAAAAAAAAAAAUGGCGCUUCCCAAAGCCAAGGAAAUCGUUGAUUCAACCCCCGUCGUCAUCUUCAGCAAAACCUACUGUUCUUACUGUGCGACGGUGAAGAAAUUGCUGAAGGAUCUCGGCGCCUCCUUCAAGGUCAUUGAGCUGAAUGUUGAGGAUGAUGGAAGUGAAAUGCAAUCCGCUCUGACUGAAUGGACUGGGCAGCGCACCGUGCCGAAUGUGUUCAUUGGUGGCAAGCACAUAGGUGGAUGCGAUGCAACCAUCGCGUUGCAUGGGGGUGGAAAGCUCGUCCCAUUGCUGACUGAAGUUGGAGCAGUUGCCAAAGCUGAUGCCUCAGGAGUUGGCAAAGCUUCUAUCUAGAGUACCAAUCAACUUCUAUUAUGCUCUUUACUUGCAAAUGUUAUGAUUAAGUAGACCUCGCAGACCUAUGUUACUAGUUCUGAAUUGAUAAUCGUGAUUAUGAGGUAUUUGUUUGUCUAAA